AUGGAAAAGAAGAGGCGAGCGAGGAUCAAUGUAUCCCUGGAGCAGCUAAAAACUCUGCUGGAGAAACACUAUUCACAUCAGAUCCGAAAACGCAAACUGGAGAAGGCGGAUAUUCUGGAAUUGAGCGUCAAAUACAUGAAAAGCCUGCAGAACUCCGUUCAAGGUGUCCCCCCGGUGUUCACCAGCGCGGAGUACCAGGCGGGCUUUCGGAGCUGCCUCCACGGGGUGAGCCAGUUUUUGCGGCGCUCGGAGACAAGUUACAGCCUGCCCUGCCACCUGCUGCAGGAGCUCGCCCGCGUCGGCCUCCCCGCCGGCGCCCCGGGCUUCAGUACCACGGACAGCGCCGCUCCCCCUUCCAACCCCGAAGCUCAGUCUCCGGCCUUCUCCAGAGGCCCCGCGGCGAUGGAGCCUUGGGGUCCCUCUCCCGCGGCCACCGCCCUGCGGCCAUCCAGACAGAGGCUUCUCCUCCCUACUGCCCCCAGCACAGCCGGCCCAGUUCCUCCCGAGAGUCCCCGGCCGGAAGUCCAGAGAAACAGCCCCUCCGGAGAGGGUAGCAGAGGGCAGACUGUGUGGCGUCCCUGGUAA